AUGCCGAAGGUACCUCCAACACCAAAUCCUCAUACAGGAAUUAAAUACCAUUCUAUAAGGAAAGGGAGUGAACCUGGAUGUUACCAAUUACACAGACCAUCGGAAUGUCGUCUGAAAUUUCCAAUAACAAAACGUCCUAUCCACAAAUGCGAGCUACCGAAGCACGAAUACACUCUAGUACCACAGAUCGGUGGCUGGAGAACCCUGCUGGUACCCAAGACGGAACCCAACUUCUACCCUGCCGUGAUGAACAAGAAUGAAUACGAACGACUGAAGAGACAGGCUAAGAAAGUAACACAAGAAGAGCAACUCGCAGCGAUGCACGCGCAAGAGCAAGCUAUACAGAAAGCCGCUAAAGAGUCUGAGGAACGCAAGAGACUCCUAAAAGAGCAGUUGCAGCCUCAACCUGGCGCUGAGGCGUCUAGCGGCAGCGCUGACGCGGCCGAACUCGAAGGACCAGAUCAAGCGGCACAUACACUAUCUAGAGCUGAGAUACUCCGUGCUGACAACAUGCAAGGGCCGCGACUGUGCAACCGCAUCAUCCUGGCGUCCAAGUGCCACGCCAUACGGGACGCGCAGAUCUUUGAACGGGAACUAAUAAAGAAAGAAUUGGAGGAGGAGGAACGGAGACUCGACGCAAUCAUGGAAGAGAAUCGCCAAGCAGCUGUACGCCGAGCUGAAGAGGAAGAAGAGCGGAGACACCAGUUGCGUCUGCAGAACCUCGCGGCGCUGAAGGAGCAGAUUAAAGCUCAUGAGACCGCUAAGAUUAUGGAAGCAGAACGCAUAGAAGAAGAGAGUAUUCGAGUAAAUCAAGCGAACAUCGCAAUGCAAAUUGACGAAGCACAGAAACUAAAAGAGAAGCACGGGAGACAGGCUAAGCUUAAAGAAAUAUUGGAUCAAGGCAAUGCUGAACUCCUCUAUUACAAGCAAGUGCAAAACGAAGAGGAGCGAAUAAUGGAUCUACGUAUUGCCAAUUUUCUGAAACAGAAGCAGGAACGCGAAGCUCGGAACAAAGCUGAACAGGAAGCUAUUAAAGCUGCUAAACAGAAGGGUAUCGACCACAUCGCUAAGGCGCAAAAGGCAGAGCAAGAGCUUAAAGAGGAAUUGGAACGGAUCCGAAACCUCAAGAUACAAGAAGACGUGGAGAGGGAGUGCCGCCGCAAGGAGCGGGACGCUGCUAUCAAGAGGAAUCGCGAGAUGAGGAGACUGCAUGAGGGCAGGAUCCAACAGAUAUCGGACAUCCAUCGCCUCAUCGCCCGCGAAAUAGCGAAAGAUGAGCAAAGCUUCAACAACGCUGCGAGACAGAACGAAGAAUUCAUUAGGAAAGAGAAAGAGUUGGAGGACAAACGCAAGGCUCGAGUUGAACAGCAUAGACAAGAGAUCAUGAAACAAAUAAAUGACAAAGAACGCGCCAGGGCUGACCUUCGCGAGAAAGUACAUAACGAAGGUGUAGCGCUCCGCAUGGAGCAAGAACAACAAGACAAGUAUGAGAGAAAAGUCAUCAAGCAUAAGGUUGCCGAAAUGAGACAACAAAAGGUAUCAGAGAAAUACGUCAAGGAAGUUGAACAGACACUCGGGAAAUAUGGCUACCAUUAGUUUGCCAUGAGUUCGAUAUCUGAUAUGGAAUCUCAAUUCUGAUAUGAUGCAAUAAAACAUUUUAGUGUGUAAU